UCCAAAACAGGAAAAAAGAAUAAAAAAAAUUAGUAAGAAACGAAGCAUCUCUGAGAGAGAGAGAGAGAGAGAGAGGGAGAGAUUGUGGUUGUUCAAAGUCUUUUGCUUCGGAUUGGAUCAAGUCCUAAUAUUACCACCACGAUGCCAGAGAAAGAAAAUCGUUCAACACAUUUGUCUCUCACCUUUUUCCUGCCAUUUCUGUUACCGAAACUUCUUUAACCAAACUCCCCAGAAUCAAUUUCCCCUCGCUUAAUUUUUGAGCUUUUAUCGGCGUUUUCAAUUGAAUUUUUGUAUCCUUUUGGUGCAGAGUCUUGUGCUUUCUCGGCGUUAUCAUUUUUCCAUAUUAAAAUUUGGUUUUUUGAAGUUUUAGCUAGGGUUUCGAAAUUUUUCCUUGUGUAAAUGGAGCAUCGCGUUGGGAACAGGUUUCGGCUGGGCAGAAAGAUCGGUAGCGGCUCGUUCGGGGAGAUCUAUCUCGGUACUAAUAUUCAGACUAACGAAGACGUUGCGAUUAAGCUUGAAAAUGUCAAGACAAAGCAUCCUCAGCUGCUAUAUGAGUCAAAGUUAUACAGAAUCUUACAGGGAGGAACUGGAAUUCCAAAUGUGAGAUGGUUUGGAGUGGAGGGAGACUAUAAUGUUUUGGUGAUGGAUUUGCUUGGACCCAGUCUUGAAGAUCUUGUUAACUUCUGCAGUAGGAAGCUUUCUUUGAAGACAGUUCUUAUGCUUGCAGAUCAAAUGAUUAAUCGUGUUGAAUUUGUUCAUUCUAAAUCAUUUCUGCAUCGAGAUAUCAAGCCUGACAACUUUCUAAUGGGCUUGGGAAGGCGUGCAAAUCAGGUGUACAUCAUUGAUUUUGGUCUGGCAAAGAAAUAUAGAGACAGUUCAACCCAUCAACACAUUCCUUACAGAGAAAACAAGAAUUUGACUGGAACUGCUAGAUAUGCAAGUAUGAACACUCACCUUGGUAUAGAACAAAGCCGGAGGGAUGAUUUAGAAUCCCUUGGAUAUGUCCUUAUGUACUUCUUGAGAGGAAGCCUUCCUUGGCAGGGACUGAAAGCAGGAACUAAGAAACAGAAGUAUGACAAAAUUAGUGAAAAGAAAGUUUCUACCUCAAUUGAGGCCUUGUGUCGGGGGUAUCCAACAGAAUUUGCAUCAUACUUCCACUAUUGUCGCUCCUUACGAUUUGAUGACAAACCGGAUUAUGCUUAUCUGAAAAGAAUAUUUCGUGACCUUUUUAUCCGUGAAGGCUUCCAGUUCGAUUAUGUAUUUGAUUGGACCAUUUUGAAGUAUCAGCAAUCACAGCUGGCCACUCCCCCAGUCCGUGCCAUUGGUGCUGGUGCUGGAACGAGUGCUGGAAUGCCCACUGCCAUUGCCAAUGCUGAUAGACAGACAGGUGGGGAGGCUGGACGAGCAGCUGGCUUGUCUCCAAUGGAUUCUUCACGAAGGAGAAUAUCAGGACCUGCUUUGAAUUCCGGAACUUUUACAAGGCAGAGAAGUCCACUUGUUAAUGAUUCAGCCAUUUCGAACAAUGUUGUGUUAUCAAACUCCAAUAAUUUGGGAUUGCCAAGUGGAUCAUCAAGACGAGCUGUUUCUAGCAGCCGUGAUGCAUUUGUUGAGAGUGAGUCAGAUCCCAGUCAAUCUCGUACUACUGAGGCGAGCCCUGGAGCAGCGCACAGAAUUUCAAGUGGGCAAAGGAAUUUACCAGUUGGAUCUUCAGAUCCCAGGCGUACACCGACUGGGAGAAAUACCUCACGGAACUAUGAAGGUGCUCUCAGGGGCAUCGGGACCCUGCAGUUAGACAAUUGAUGAGUGCUUAUCUUGGUGCACUCUUGUAAAGCACGAAUUCUAGUAUGCUAUUAUGCUGCAGUAGGAAUAGGUUUGCUGGGAGUUGAGUUGUGAUGGAGGUUGGAGUUGUGAGUUGUUGGGACUUGAAACGCGGGGGAUUCUGGGUUUGGAUGCCAGCUUAAACCAGACGUUGAAUCCGUUGUGAAAAGUAGAGGUUCAUCUGAACUUACCCCAGGCACGGCUGUCUAUAUAAAGCUCAGGCUAUGUUCACAUGACUUCCCUAUCCUGGCUAACAACUAUUCAACUUUUAAUCCCUGAUGAUGUCUUGAUUUAAUGAUGUCUUGCAAUGUUUCUCCAGCUUGUUGGAGAUUGGCCUAUGUGUUCAUAUUCCUCUUUAGGUUCUUUCUUCUUCUUGGUUCUUUUUCUUUGCUCUUAUUUUUUCCAAUUUUUUUUUAUACACGUUAUGCUGAGCACAAUUACUUUAAUUUUGAGCCGUUCCUGUGUUUUCCCGAUUCAA